AAAAGAAAAUACUAUACAGCACUACCUCUGUGUCCCGCAUCAUCCCAGCCAGCAGCAGCGGGAGUAGUGUAAGGAGGUAUAUAAGUAAACCAAAGCCAGACAUCAGUUCCCGGAGGCAGGUUCUGGCAGGCUGUGAGCGGAUAGAGGGAGCCUGGAGAUAGAGAUGAUAUGAUCCGCAGCAUCUUUCAUACGUCCCUUUUUUCCACCCCCAGAUGACCGAUGCGUGGAGGGGGAAGGGAAUCAAAGGAAAAGUUUCGAUCAUCCGCUACUGCUUUGUUUGGUCUGAAAGCCUCGAAACGACAUCGCUCAAAAGCUGUCCUUCAGGAUGCAAAAACCGUCAGCAGCUGAGCGCAUGGUGGAGUUGGUGCGGUGGGCGAGGCGGAGGCUGCUGCUUCCCGCCACUCUGGGCACGAGGGAGCUGGUGUUCAAGGUGGACACGGGUGCCAGCUGUUCCCUUGUGCCUUGGGAUGAUGUACAGAAAGGAGGCCUUGAAGAUUUAGUGGACUUGCAGCCGGCGAAAGUCGGAGGAUUGCAGGUUUGUGGGAUCCUGCGCGCUCCUCUCAUGUGCAAGAGGAGCAUCGCACUGUGGGGCCUCAUCUAUGUGUCCGGGGAGUGCAAGGAGCCUCUGCUGGGUCUGGAUGUGCUCUUUAACCACCGCUGCAGCCUCGUGCCCAGCAGGAGUCUCCCCCACCUGGUGGUGCGAGAGAUGGCAUGUCGCGUCCCUCGCAGCGUGCCGCUCACCAGGCACCCUGUCACCCUGAACGGCCACCCUGCUGACGCUCUCUUGGACACGGGCGCCUCCCACUCCCUCAUCCCCCUGGACUUGGUACACGCCCUCGGCCUCACGGUGGUGCAGCGGCAGCGGGCAGUGACCCUCUUCUUCACUGACGGGAGUGAAGACAGCACAGAAUACGUCCCUCAUGUCUGUAUAUGUCUGGGGCCCCAGGAGGCGCUAGAGGGGGAGAGGGGAGGGUGGGAGGUGCGAGGACGUGAGCUGGACGUGUACGGACGCCACGGGGAUCUUAUUCUCGGGAUGAACGUCCUCAGGAAAUUCCGUAUGGCGUUCCACGAGGACUACAGGAUGGAGAUGUCGCCCCUCCACUGAGCGGCCCGGCCCUACCCCCUGCCCACGCACACUCUAUGCGCAUACGUGUGCACGCCGCUUGCCUGUUAACGAAGCGACACGUCACAAAGUGCACUGGGGACUCAACACGCCGUCAUUACGUUUUCUUUUACUUACGUACACGUAUAA